AUGGCCAAGGGAAGCAAGAAAGAAGGUUCCUCGCAAUCGGACCGUCCGGUAAUAAAAGACUCGAGAUUUUCUUCUGUUCACAAUGAUCCAAGAUUCAAUUUGCCUAACUUGAAAAAUGUCAAGGUGAAGGUUGAUGAUCGUUUUAGUAAGAAGGAGAUGAGCAAAUUGAAUGAGGGUGCUAUGGGAAAGAAGGUGAAAAUUGAUAGAUACGGAAGAAAGUUAAAGGAUCAAGAUUCUGGAAAAGAUUUUGAUAAGUACUACAAGCACGAAGAUGAAGAAUCUAGUGACGAUGAGGCUAGUGAGGACGAGCAGCAAGAAGAAAAGUACGCCAAGGAAGAAAGCGAAGAUGACGAUGAAGAAGACGAAGAGGAGGAUGAAACGGAAAGCAUUUUUGUUGAUCGUGCUAGAGGUGAGGGUUUGGAAUCGUCGUCAGAGGACUCAUCCUCCGACCUGGAAUCUGAAUCUGACGUCGAAUCCGAAGUUGAGUCUGAAAUCGAACUUGAAGAAGGCAAGCCAGAGGAAGGUGAACCGUCUGACUCUUUUGCAGUUGUCAAUAUGGACUGGGAUAAUUUAAGAGCAGUGGACUUAAUGGCAACUUUCUUGUCGUUUGUUCCCACUGGUGGCUCAAUUAAAUCCAUCAGUAUAUAUCCAUCAGAAUUUGGUAAGGAACAAAUGCAAAAAGAAGAAGUAGAAGGUCCACCAAGAGACUUAUUUAAGAGUAAACGUAGUAAAGUGGAAUCUGAUUCUGAUGAUUCUGAUUCUGAAAUUGACGUCAAUAACAAAGACGACUUAGAAAAGGCUGCACGUAAAUUAUAUCAAGAGGAUGAUGGAGAAGAAGAUUACGAUAGUAAGGCAUUACGUCGAUACCAAUUGCAGAGGUUGAGAUACUAUUAUGCUGUCGUUAGGUGUGAUUCUAUCUCGACUGCAAAGAAGAUCUACGACAACUGUGAUGGUACCGAAUACGAGUCCACUGCCAACAUAUUCGAUUUAAGAUAUAUCCCUGAAGGAAUGGAAUUUGAUGAAAGCGAGUCCAACGAUGUAUGUACAAAGAUCCCAUCUAAUUAUAAGCCAAAUUCUACUUUCGUGACGGAUGCAUUGCAGCAUUCCAAGGUCAAGUUGACAUGGGACGAGACUCCAAAGGAAAGGUUGAACGUGUCGACAAGGCAAUUUUCGCAGAAGGAAAUCGACGAAAUGGAUUUCAAAGCUUACCUUGCCUCCGAUAGUGAUGAAAGUGAGAACGAAACUACCAAUAACGACUUAAAGAAUAAGUACCAAAGCUUAUUAGGUAACAGAUUUAACAAAACGGAUGCAGAUAACCAAGAAGAAGAUGUAGACAUGGAAAUUACUUUCAACCCGGCAUUAAACGAAGCCGAAGGUAAGGUACCCGAAGAAGAAGAGGAACAAGAAGAAUCUACCAUUGCUGCAUAUAAGCGUAAAGAAAAGGAACGUCGUAAGCGUAGAAUGGAGAAGUUCAAGCAGACUCAAGAAGAAGAAACUGAUGAUCAAAAGGAUACCGAGAAAACUGCUAAGGCAACCAAGGGCAAGAAAUCAAAGGGCAAGGUUUCUCGUGACGAUGAUGACAAAACCAAGGCUCAAUUAGAAUUGGUCAUGAUGGACGAGGAAAAUGGCGAUAACGAUGCCCACCACUUCAACAUGAAGGAUGUCAUCAAGCUGGAGAAACAGAAGAACAGAAAGGGAAAGAAGAAUAAGAAGAACAUUGACAACGAAAUGGUCCAAGACGACUUCAAGGCCGAUUUGAACGAUCCUCGUUUCAAGGAAAUCUUCGAAAGUCACGACUACGCAAUUGAUCCUACAAGCAGUGAAUUCAAGAAGACCAAUACAAUGACGAAGAUCUUACAGGAACGUUCGAAGAGAAACUUUAAUGAGCUAGCUGAACAAGGUACUAAGAAACAGAAGAAGCGUGCAUCAAAUGAACACAACUCCAACGAUCUUAAUAACUUGGUGAAUAAAUUGAAACGUAAGCAUAACAAGAAGUAA